GUUGGUGUUCCCAUCAGAAAGAGAGGGGUAGAUACUCAUGAGGACAAAUUCCUGCUGCCGUUCUCCCUCUUUGUUGUGCUCUACAUCCAGUCCUGAGUUCUGAACUUGUCCUUGGGAACAGAACCGAACCUCCGCCCUCUUUCCUGAGCGCACAGCAGCCUUGUUCCAGACAGAGCGCCUUAUUUUUCUUAAAGAGAGGACCAAUUUGUCAAAAACUCCUCCGGAUGGAUCAGAAUGACGCCGGAUGAAUUCUGUUCAAGACUUUUCUUCUUCACGUGCAGCUUGUUUCUUCUUUCAGAGUAAAAUGCAUCAGAAUGAGGAGGAAGGCUCCGGGAAUCCAUCCAGCGCGCAGGAGGACGCGACAGCGCGCCUCUGUGACUCCUCCAGCAGCACUUUGGGCCUCCAGCCACCUGCUUACUGCAAACUGGAGUUCAGGAGACACGCAGUCACAGAUGACUAUAAAAUAACAGCCCAGGUUCUUGGUCUGGGCAUUAAUGGCAAAGUGCUGGAGUGUUACUGCAAGCGGACGGGAGAGAAGUGUGCCCUGAAGAUUCUGUAUGACACCCCUAAAGCCCGACGGGAGACUGAGCUGCACUGGCGAGCAUCCGGAGGCCCCCACAUUGUACGAGUACUCAGCCUGUAUGAAAACAUGCACCACGGGAAGAAAUGUCUGCUGAUUGUGAUGGAGUGCAUGGAGGGAGGGGAGCUGUUCAGCCGCAUCCAGGCCCGAGGGGACCAGGCCUUCACAGAGCGAGAGGUGUCAGAGAUCAUGCAUGACAUCGGCACAGCCAUAGAGUACCUCCAUAAUGUGGACAUCGCUCACAGAGACGUGAAGCCUGAAAACCUGCUCUACAAAACCAAGGACAGCAACGCCACUUUAAAGCUGACAGACUUUGGCUUUGCAAAGGAGACAGUAGCACACAAUUCCCUCCAAACCCCCUGCUACACUCCAUAUUAUGUUGCACCAGAAGUGCUCGGGCCAGAGAAAUACGACAAGUCAUGUGACAUGUGGUCUCUGGGGGUUAUCAUGUACAUUUUACUCUGUGGGUUUCCUCCUUUCUAUUCAAACACGGGUCAGGCCAUCUCUCCAGGUAUGAAGCAGAGGAUCAGACUGGGCCAGUAUGAGUUUCCCAACCCCGAGUGGGUCGACGUUUCAGAGGAAGCCAAACAGCUUAUCGUUCAGUUACUGAAGACAGACCCCAGUGAGAGGAUGACCAUCAGACAGUUUAUGAACCAUCCUUGGAUUAGUCAGUCGAUGGUGGUCCCUCCAACACCUCUGCACACCUCUCGUGUUCUGACAGAAGACAUGGAGCUGUGGGACGACGUAAAGGAGGAAAUGACCAGUGCUCUGGCCACCAUGCGAGUGGACUACGACCAGGUGAAGAUCAAGGACCUGGACACGUCCAACAACCCUCUGCUGAACAAGAGACGCAAGAGGCCGAAAGAUGCUGAGAGAGGAGAGGGGGGUGGAAGUGUGGAGGGAGACUGUCAAAGAGAAGCGGAACUUUCUGAAGAACACGGGGGAAAUGAUUUCAGCACAAAUCUAGAGUCAAAGUAAGCACCGUGAGGAAUGUUUGUGUCCAUCCACACGCAACUUAUUCUACUGUAUGCAUUUUUUUUUGUGUCCACACACAGCA